AUGGGCUGCACAGGCGGCAAUCUCUACGCUGGUGUACUAGACAUCCACGGCAAGCCCAACGGAAAGGGCAUUCUCUACUACCUGGACUCGGGGGAGUGUGACGUCGGAACCUUCACCCCGGAGAUGAAGCAGACAGGCCCGGGCAUCCGCUUCAACCGGGAGAGGGACAAGGCCUACGCCCUGGAGGCGGGCGACCUCAAGGAGCGGAUCCACGUGCUGAGCACGGCCCUGGAGCGCGCGGGCCUAGAGCAGCCGCCGGCUCAGCGGCACAAGGAGCUCAUUCCGUCCGCGUAUGGGUACAACCAGACCCGUACGGAGCAGGUGAAAGCAUGGUACAAGUACCGAAGUCUUGCCAACCUGUCGGUCACGGAGAGCUGCUAUGGAGUGAAUGAGUACCUGCCAACGAGCAUCCGCAUGGCCAAGUAG